AUGGGAGGUGUUAUAUCAGAUCAAAGUAUUACUGAUGAAAUGAAUGAACGCUCGAAUCGUUUGAUUGCAGAACAGGUUGCCAAAAUUCCAGCAGAUUAUCAGAGACAAAAAGAUCAUAUCGUAAAUGAAAUGCAUAAAUCAUCGCCGAAUGAUUUUCAUGGAUUAAAUAUAAAAGAUUAUCCUGAGAAAAAUGAAAAACAAGUAAACAAAUUAGCAAUUCACAAUGUUACAUCGAAUCAAGUUAAAUAUAAUAUUACUCAUGAAAUUUACCAUGAAAUCGAUCCAAUAAUCGACGAGAAAACUCAGAAUUUGAAUAAAGUAGCAAAAAUAGCAACAAAGAAGGCAAUUCAUCUGGCAAUUAAGAAAGCUGUCGAAGCAGCUGUUAAUAAUACACAAACACAACUUGAACGACAAUUUGGUGUUGAUUCGAGCAAAGAUAAAAAAAACUCAAAGAAAUAA